AUGAAGCUGAACAUUUCGUACCCGGAGACGGGCAAGGUUUUGACCGUAGAAGUCGACGACGAGAAGCGGCUGGUGCCCUUCUACGAGAAGCGGCUCGGCAACGAAGUGCCCGCGGACUCGAUCGGCGAGGAGUGGCAGGGCUACCUGCUGCGCAUCACCGGCGGCAACGACAAGCAGGGCUUCCCGAUGCUGCAGGGCGUCUUCUGCAACCACCGCGUGCGGCUGCUGAUGCGCAAGGGCAUGAAGUGCUUCCGCGAGCGCCGCAAAGGCUGCCCGAAGCGCAAGUCCGUGCGCGGCUGCAUCGUCGCCUCAGACAUUUCCGCGCUGAACCUGUGCGUCGUCGAGAAGGGCGCCGCGGACAUCGCGGGGCUGACGGACGAGGCGCGCGUCAACCGGCUCGGCCCGAAGCGCGCGAACCACAUUCGCAAGACCUUCGACCUGCCGAAGUCCGCAGACGUGCGCAAGUUCGUGGUGCGCCGCCAGAUCAACGAGAAAACCAGCAAGGCGCCGAAGAUUCAGCGCUUGGUCACCGCGGAGCGGCUCGCGCGCAAGCAGAAGUACCGUGCUGAGCUCGCGGAGCGCUCGCGCCGCUCGCAGGAGGCGGCCGCCGAGUACAAGCAGGUGAUAAAGGCGUACAAGGCCCAGAAGCUCGCCGCGCAGGCGGCGUAG